AUGAGACUCUGCUGUUGGGUUGCAAACGAAAAUGUCUCAGAUAAAUCACAAGUCGUGAAAGAAUGGGAGACAGUACCUGGUAUGUCCUCAAACCCAUUACCACCAACAACGGUACCAUUUUUAAAACCAGCUCCACAAAUACACGAAGAAUAUCAAUACCUUAAUCUUAUUAGACAUAUAAUGGAAUAUGGAGAACAUAGAGAAGAUCGUACGGGAACAGGAACUUUAUCAAUAUUUGCACCACCACAAUUGCGAUUUUCUCUACGUGAUAAUGUUCUACCCUUGUUAACAACAAAACGCGUUUUUACGCGUGCAGUUAUAGAAGAAUUAUUAUGGUUCAUCAAAGGUGAUACUAAUAGUAAACAUUUAACUGAAAAGGGGAUUCAUAUUUGGGAUGGUAAUGGCUCUCGCGAAUAUUUGGAUAAAAUUGGAUUGACACAUAGAAACGAAGGUGAUUUGGGACCUGUUUACGGAUUUCAGUGGAGACAUUUUGGUGCCGAAUAUGAUUCUUGUGACACUGAUUAUACAGGUAAAGGUGUUGAUCAACUUCAAGAAGUUAUUGAUAAAAUCAAAAAUAGUCCAAAUGAUAGACGAAUAAUCUUGAGUGCUUGGAAUCCAGCUGAUAUGAAGAAAAUGGCAUUACCACCAUGUCAUAUGUUUUGUCAAUUCUACGUAUCAUCGAGGAUGAAUACACGAAGCCUAUCAUGCCUUCUUUAUCAAAGAUCAUGUGACAUGGGUCUUGGUGUGCCCUUUAACAUUGCUAGUUACGCCAUAUUAACUCGUAUGAUUGCUCAUGUAACCGGUUGUAGUCCUGGAGAAUUUAUUCAUACGAUGGGUGAUGCUCAUAUUUAUACCGAUCAUAUAGAUGCUUUAAAGAUUCAAAUUGAACGUGAACCAAAACCUUUUCCUUGUUUAGAAUUUAAACGUGAAAUCAAUAAUAUAGAUGAUUUUAGAUUUAGUGAUUUCAUUAUUACUGAUUAUAAACCACAUGCUCAAAUCAAAAUGAAAAUGUCUGUAUAA